CUCGUGUCUUUGUUCUAUCAAGCUUUGACGAGACGUCAGGGAAAGCUUGCUCAGUGAAAGGCGAACCAGACAUCUCUGGAGAGCAGCCAAAUCCAAUCCUGAACGGCCCCUUCUUGGGUUUGUCUUUACCGGUCAGGGUGCCCAAUGGCAUGCCAUGGGUCGCGAGUUGAUAGAUAUAUACCCGGUGUUCGAUCACUCCAUCUGCCGGGCUGCUAGACAUCUUCAGAAACUUGGCGCAGCAUGGGACCUGAAAGAUGAACUGUCCAAGACAGCAGAGGAGUCCCGGGUUAGCCGAGCGUUCCUGAGCCAGCCGCUAUGCACCGCCAUUCAAAUCGCCUUGGUUGACUUGCUAGCAUCGUGGGAUAUCCUGCCUGCAUCCGUCACGGGUCAUUCCAGCGGAGAGAUUGCUGCUGCAUAUGCCGCAGGGGCAUUGAGUAUGGAAGACGCCAUGGCUGUGGCCUUUCACCGCGGUGUGGUUUCCGAUCUAAUUAUGAACAAUCCAUCCGUGCGCGGUGGAAUGAUGGCCGUGGGCCUGUCGAAAGAAGCCGCCCUGCCAUACUUGGCGUCCGUGAAGCGCGGGCUGGUGACAGUCGCCUGCAUCAACAGCCCUUCCAGCAUCACCGUCUCUGGAGACAAGCCGGCAAUCAAUGAGUUAUUCGAGAUAUUGGAAAAAGACAAGGUUUUUGCUCGCCAAUUGAAGGUAGAUGUCGCAUAUCACUCUCGCCAUAUGCAGGUAGUUGCCGACGAAUACCUCCAGGCCAUUGCUGAUAUUCGUGUCUUGAACCCUUGUCACAAUGUACAGUUCUUCUCUUCCGUCUCAGGCACCCAAGUGGAUGCAAGCACACUCGGUCCCAAGUAUUGGGUUUCGAAUCUUCUUGGUGAAGUGCGGUUUUGCCAAUCCCUGGGCAGUCUAUGCACAGAUACAAGCCCACCCAAGAAAUCUCGAAAACGUCAGUCCACUUCAGCAAUCAGUGUCCUUGUCGAAAUUGGGCCCCAUUCAGCCCUUGCAGGUCCAGUCCGGCAGAUCAUUGAAGCCGACCGUCAACUGCGGAACAGUAACAUCACGUACAGCUCUAUGCUUGUGCGAGACCGCAAUGCUGUUCAGACUAGCCAGCAGUUGGUUUCGACACUUCUCGUCCGAGGGUAUCCAGUCAACGUGCUUGCUAUCAAUUCCGGGGCUCCAUCAAGAAGCCAGCCGGCUCCCCUAGUCGAUCUUCCGCCAUAUUCUUGGAAUCAUUCCAAGGCCUUUUGGGCAGAAUCGCGGAUAAGCAAGGCCUACCGCGCACCUCCAUUCGGCCGGCAUGAUCUUUUGGGUUUGCCCGAUCCCUCCUCGACUUCGCUGGAGUCGCGUUGGCGAAAUAUGAUUCGCGUCUCCGAGAUUCCCUGGCUUAAGGACCAUCAAGUGCUUUCGAGCAUUGUCUUCCCUGGUGCUGGAUACUUGGCCAUGGUUAUUGAGGCUGCUAUGCGGCAGGUUCAAAUACGAUCGGGGAAAGUCAAGGGAUUUUGCCUGCGAGAAAUCGUGAUUGGGCAGGCUCUCGUGUUCCCAGCAGCCUCUGAGGAGGUCGAAGCUCUUGUCACCCUCAAACCUCACAUGGACAGUCUUAUGGCCCCUUCUAACGCGUGGUAUGAGUUUUCGGUUCUUUCCGCCGCCGACGAAGAUCGAUGGACGGAACAUUGUCGAGGCUUGGUCCAUGUUCAGGAGGCCAAGCGGAGCACCAAUGACGUAAACGGAGAUUUGCAGCAGACAUCUGAGAGGAGAUUGUAUAAAGAUUUUGUUGCUGAUUUCAAUGGCUGCUGCACGUCUGCGUUCGAUGUGGAGGACCUUUACAGGCGACUGCGGGCAUUGGGUCUUGAUUUCGGACCAACAUUCACGAAUCUGGAGACAGCAUAUGUGGCUGCUAACAAGGCCAAGUGCAUACUCAGGGUUCCCAAUACCAGAGCUGUCAUGCCUAUGGAGUACGAAAGUUCAAUGACCAUCCAUCCAGCAACCUUGGAUGCCCUUUUCCAGGCUAUCUUUCCCGCCGUGGAGGCAGCAACAGGGCCUCUACAGGCUCCUUUGAUGCCAAUCUCCAUCCAGGAGCUUCGCGUCUCGUCGACCAUAAUGAAUCAUCCAGGGAAGGCUAUGAAUGUAUUUGCUGAGACGGAACGGCGCAAUCCGCGCCAGGUCGCGGCCACUAUCACAAGUAUGAUGGAGGGACAGGACGAGGAGCCGAUUGUCUCCAUCAAAGAUCUUGUCUGCACCUUCGUCAAUGAAAAUUCACGGGACUGCAAUCAAGAUAGUCUUCUCCAGCUUGCAAACCGUGUUUCCUGGGCUCAGGACGUCGAGUUUCUCUCUCCUCUGGAUAUCGACAACAUUUGCAGCGAUAUAAUGCCUGGCUCGAAGGAGAAUGCGGUAAUCGCCGUUUUAGAACAGGCAGCUUUUCAUUACAUGCAGCGUGCAGUGUCCACCUGCACACAGGAAACUGUCCAGAAGAUGCAUCCAUAUCACCAACUCUUAUGGAAAUGUAUGAAUUGGUUCAUACAGGAAACACUAGAGGGCAAGAUCCACCUGCCCACUACCGGUUGGUAUGAAGCCAAAGAGGAAGAGGUGGAAAUAAUAAUGCGGCAAGCAGAGAGCUCAGGAAGCGAGGGACGCUUGCUCUGUCAUGUUGGCCGUCAUUUGCCGCAGAUUCUCCGGCAAGAGAUCGAACCACUGCAGCUCAUGCUGGAAGAAGAUCGGCUGGCAGCGUAUUAUUCGGAUAACCCUCGUUUAGAGAGAAACUACCGACAGGCCACGAGAUACCUUGAACUCCUGGCUCACAAGAACCCAGGAAUGUCUAUCCUUGAGAUUGGAGCAGGGACUGGCGGAGCUACAGUGCCCGUGAUUGAGGCUCUUGAUCGUGGAACAAGCGGAGGGCAUUGCUGUUCUCGCUAUCACUUCACUGAUAUUAGCAGCGGGUUCUUUGCUGCAGCAAAGGAAAAACUGAAUGCAUGGUCGCACUUGAUUGACUUUUCCAGGCUCGACAUCGAGCAAGAUCCCAUUACGCAGGGAUUCAAGGCGCAGUCGUACGAUCUAGUAAUUGCAUCAAAUGUUCUGCACGCCACCCAUUCCAUGGAAACGACAAUGAGCAAUGUCCGCUCGCUGCUUAAACCUGGAGGUAAAUUGAUACUCGUCGAAAUCACGCGCAAGAGAUUGCUCACGUCGACCAUCUUCGGCACAUUGCCAGGAUGGUGGGCAGGCGCGAAAGAUGGCCGAGAUCAAGCACCAACACUAACAGAGUCCCAGUGGCAGACUCUGCUUCAGAAAACAGGUUUUUCUGGUCUAGACGCAGCUGUCUGGGACUCUCCUAACGAGGGCAUGCAUCAAGGUUCAAUGAUGGUGUCAACUGCGGUUGAUGCAGCGCCAGUGAGGGACCUCGGUCCGAAAGGCCGUCACGUCGCGGUCAUGGUCAAUUCACUGCAUGGGGACAUUUCACAAGAUUACCUCGAGGCUCGCCUAUCGUCGUGGGCAACAACUGUCGAAGUCGGAACCAUCAAAUCCAUCACUCCCGCGGGGAAGAUAUGCAUCAUAUUGGAUUAUAACGGCCCGUCUUUACUCAGCCAGCCAGAUUCAGAACAACUGGAAAGCCUCAAGAGGAUCGCGGCCACUGCUGCAGGCAUUUUAUGGGUAGUGCAAGGUUCAGCAAGCCCAACAGGCCAUCUGGCCAUCGGCUUUGCUCGUACGAUCCGCUCUGAAUAUGGCGGGAUUCGAGUCGCCGUAUUAGACUUGGACUCCGUUACAACGACCAAGGAUCAGGGUGCAGCAGCAGGCACAAUCACAAAGGUUGUCAUGAAACUCUUCACAAACCUAGAGGAUGACAAAGGGCUGUCUCCCGAGCUAGAGAUGGCUGAACAUGGAGGCCAUAUCUUCAUCCCGCGUCUAGUAGCAGACAGAGAAGCCAGUCGGGCUAUCAACAGCUUACUCACAAAAGGCGAGCUAGAGUUGAGUGCUUUUGAUCAGCCAGACCGGCCCCUGUACCUAGAGGUGGGCAUGCCUGGUAUGUUAGAUACGAUCCAAUUUGUCGAUGAUACGCGCGUUAUGGCCGAUCUGGCACCCGGUUAUGUUGAAAUCAAGAUCCAAGCUGUGGGCGUCAAUUUCAAAGACGUCAUGAUGGCCAUGGGACAGGUGGACUACAGUAGUCCCGGGCUCGAGUACAGCGGCAUUGUGACGGCUAUCGGUUCUCAGGUCCAGAACUUGGCGGUCGGUGACCAUGUAGCUGGAUACUCGUCUGGGGCAUUCGCCAACCGAAUCUAUGAGAAAGCCUGCGGGGUGCAAGUCAUUCCAGCCGGUAUGUCCUUCGAGAUAGCCGCCUCGUUGCCGAUUAUCUACUGUACCGCUUAUUACUCCCUCCACGAGAUUGCUAGGCUCCGUGAAGGUGAAAGUAUUUUGAUCCAUGCAGCUGCUGGCGGUGUGGGCCAAGCUCUUAUUGAGCUCAGCCGACAGAUGGGAGCCGAGAUUUUCGUCACGGUGGGCAAUCCCAAGAAGAAGGAGUUCCUCAUGUCUCAUUUCGGUAUCCCAGAAGACCACAUAUUUUUCAGUCGGGAUGGCACUUUCCAUCAGGAUGUCUUUCGUAUGACCAACGGCAAGGGAGUCGAUGUGGUUAUAAACUCGGUGGCUGGGGAGAUGCUGCGGCUCACCUGGAGAUGUAUCGCCGCCUUUGGGCGGUUCAUUGAGUUGGGAUCACGCGAUUAUACGAUCAACACACGCCUGGAAAUGGCACCUUUCGCUCGCAACACCACGUUUUCCGCGGUGAACCUUGACGGGGUGAUGCGAGAACGUCCGCUGGUUGCUGCUCGAGUAUGGUCUGAGGUAAUGGAUCUGAUUCGAGCUCAAAGGGUGCGCCCACCAUCACCCAUUACGACAUAUGGGAUCUCCGAAGUAGAGACUGCUUUCCGGACGAUGCAAACGGGAAAACACAUGGGGAAGCUUGUCAUUGUGCCCCAACCCGGCGAGCGGGUCAAGGUUGCUCCUCGCUCUGAUGACUCCUUGUUUCGGGCGGAUGCUUCAUACAUGCUGGUUGGGGGCCUAGGAGGCUUAGGUCGCGCUGUUGCCGCCUGGAUGGCAGAUUGUGGUGUGCGCAAUUUCGUUUUUCUGAGCCGCAGUGGCGCUCAGUCAUCCGCAGCUCAAGAGACGGUAAGACAAUUGGAAGCAACUGGAGCCAGGGUGUUGGUCCAGGCAUGCGACAUCAGUGACGACGCGCAAGUUACGCGUGCUAUGCAGACGGCAAAAGAUAUGCCUCCAAUCCGGGGCGUGAUCCAGGGCGCGAUGGUGCUCCGUGAUUCUCUACUAGAAAAUCUAGGCUUGGAUGAUUACAAUGCAGUCAUUCGGCCAAAGGUCCAGGGAACAUGGAACCUGCACAAUUUGCUGCCUCGGGACCUUGAUUUCUUUCUCAUGCUCUCAUCGACAUGUGGUAUUGUCGGCAACGCCAGCCAGGCACCAUAUGCGGCCUCAUCCACGUUUCUGGACGCCUUUGCGCAAUAUCGACGCAGACUUGGCCUACAAGCGACAACCAUUGAUCUCGGUGUGAUCCUAGAGGUAGGGUAUGUUUCAGAGAAUCAAGAACUCACUCGAGCACUCGAUCGACAAGGAUUUGUAGGCACCACAAAGAAGGAACUCCUCGCGAUUCUUUCUGCUGCCAUUCGGCAAAGGACUGACGGGCCCAGCCAGAUCGUGACUGGUCUGGGCACCUGGCAAGAAGAUAGCUCAUUGCUCGCCUUCCAGGAGCCAAUGUUUUCUCACUUCCGCCACACAAGCACCCGCAGUGAUAUCAAGGUUGGUGACAACAGCAUGCAGGACAAAUCAGUGCGUCUGAGAGACGUUCUGCGCAAUGUUACCGAAGCAUCUGAGGCGAAGAAGCUGGUCAAGGAUGGGAUUAUUUCAAAGGUGUCGACGCUAUCGAUGAUCUCUGUAGAUGAGAUCGACGAUUCACUGUCACUCUCCACUUAUGGGGUCGACUCUCUGGUUGCAGUGGAGAUGCGAAACUGGAUCUCCAAGGAGCUUGAUGCCCCCGUUACCAUUCUCGAGCUGCUGGCAAAUGAGCCUCUGGAAUCGUUUGCAAACAAGAUGGCUCGCCGGUCAAAAGUGCUCGAGUCUAGUGUAUUUAAUAAAUGAUUGCAGUAGGUGUUUUUGACGAUUCCUGCUUGUGAUGCCGGUAGUUGCCAUCUUCCUUGAAAUAUAUAUGCAGUUCUAUUCAUCUCUAGACAAGAAUCAUCUAUUUUAAAUGCU